CAAGCGGUUGCUUCCCCUGUCAAGUCUGAAUGAGAGCUGGAUAGACCACGGAUGGGAACCUUGAUGAAAAACCUGGAGACCGCUGUCAUCGAUGUCUACGACGGCGUCGUCCCCGACGUGUCGGAGAUCAUUGACCAGAAGAUCCGACUCCUGGAGUCCACGAAUCGAGACGACGCCUUUUUUGUCGUCAACCUGAGCGAGAUCCACCGGAAGUUCCAGGACUGGAACCGUCUGCUGCCGAGAGUACAGCCGUUCUAUGCGUUAAAAUGUAACCACGACCCCGAAGUGACCAGGUUUUUGGCGGGACUUGGGGUCGGCUUCGACUGUGCCAGCAAGAAUGAGUUGUCUCAAGUACUCAGGCUGGGCGUCCACCCGUCCAGGAUCGUCUUCGCCAACCCGUGCAAGCAGACAAGUCACGUGAUCUACGCCGCGCAUGCGCGCGUCGACUUGAUGACGUUUGAUGACGUGUAUGAGUUGCAAAAGAUCAAAGAGCAUUUCCCGAAUGCGAGGUUACUACUAAGGAUCCAGUCUAGCAAGGAACACAAAGCCAAACACAACUUCAACAAAAAGUUUGGCUGUCGACCGGAAGUGGCGGAAGCGCUGUUGAGACAUGCGCAGAAGAUGGAGCUCAAUGUUGUGGGCAUUAGCUUCCACGUGGGAUCUCUACCUGAGCAGGUGUCCUGUUUCGACACUACCAUAGCUGUGGCUGGCCAGGUGUUCAGUGUUGGCGAGACACUUGGAUUGCGCAUGGAUAUACUGGAUAUUGGUGGUGGAUUUCCGGGUGUGGAGACCGAGGAUAUGAGCUUUAAGAGGGUGGCUGAAGUGGUCAACAGGGCGCUCGACCGCCAUUUUCCUGUGUCCAGAGGGGUCAAGGUCAUCGCCGAACCUGGGCGGUACUUCGUGUCGUCUGCUUUCACGCUGGCCGUGACGGUGAUCGCUAAGCGGGUCGUGGACCGGGUACCCACAGACUCAGGUGAUCGGUUUUCUGAUGGCGAUGAUUUAUCUAGUGAUGAAGAGACAGUUUCGGAUGUAGCAUAUGAUGAUGAGACAGCUACGUCUAUAGCCUGUGAUGAUGAGACAGCGGCUGAUGUAGCCUGUGAUGAUGAGACAGCGGCUGAUGUAGUCUGUGAUGAGACAGUUGCUGAUGUAGCCUGUGAUGAGACAGUUGCUGAUGUAGCCUGUGAUGGUGAGACAGUUACUGAUGUAGCCUGUGAUGAGACAGUUGCUGAUGUAGCCUGUGAUGCCACAUUUGCUGAUGUAGCCUAUGAUGAGACAUUUGCUGAUGUGGCCUGUGAUGAGACAGUUGCUGAUGUGGCCUGUGAUGAGACAGUUGCUGAUGUAGCCUGUGAUGAGAUAGUUGCUGAUGUAGCAUGUGAUGAGACAGUUGCUGAUGUGGCCUGUGGUACCACCCAGCUGUACAUGUACUACGUGAACGACGGCAUCUACGGUUCCUUCAACAACGUCUUCACAGACCACGCUGUGGUGUGGCCUAACCUGGUCUCGUUCCAGCCGGCCAGGAGCCUGCGAUGCCACAGGUCCGUGCGGUGCCACCGGUCUGUGAUCUGGGGACCGACGUGUGACGGCAUGGACUGUGUGGUCAAGCAAUGUUCCCUGCCAGAGCUGGACGUUGGUCAGUGGCUCUACUUCACCGACAUGGGGGCCUACACCGUGACCUUGUCGUGUGACUUCAACGGUAUCUCAAGGCCGCUCAGGUUCUACGUCUGUGAUGGUUGCAGCUGGCAGGAAGUUUUCCGUCUAGCCAAUAACCUAAACAUCAACUUUAGAACAUCUUUGUCCAGACGAUCAGCGCCUUGUGAUAUCGAUGAUAUCGAUGAUAUCGAUGAUGCUGAUCAGGCAGCCACGUCCUACAAGGUGGUGCCAGAGUGCAUGACUAGUCAAGCGGAACUACAAAUCCAAUCGACGGAUAACAAAAUUACUCUCAUAACUAGCAGAAAACAUAACGAAAGGCUUGUACUAUCAAAGGGAGAGUAAUCUGUAAUUUUGUUGUUAGUUAGUUUUUUUUGCAGUUAUCUAACUUUGACCGCACAAAAUUUAAUCGAUGACUUGAUUUAUUUGUAUAUUAGUCGAUUUUAUUUUUAGAACCGUUGUAGCGAGAAUUAUGUAGAUAAUAUUUGUUUUAUAUGUAAAUAAAUCACUAAGUUACUUGUAGA